AUGGCCAAAAAGAACGCCAAUACCGCUGCCGCAAAGGCAGCGAAGAAAGCCAAAGCUCAACAGAAAUCCGAGAAGAGAGAGAAGAAGAAAGUCUUGAAGGAAUCUGGUAAUCUUCCCAAUGGCGCGAAGAGCGGGAGCGGGAAAAAGGGAGGAAAGAAGAAUGCAGAAGAUUCGGACGAUGAUCUGGAGGCCAUAUUGGCUCAGAUGCAAAAAGAAUGGGAAGCUGCCCACAAGGUGACUGAAGAACUUGUCGAAGGGCCCCCUUCUCGACGCGCGAAUGCGACGCUCACAGCGUGUCCAAACGGCGGCCACCUAUGGUGUGUAGGAGGGGAAUGGUUCAGCGAGGACGGGCGGGCUCACUUCUAUAACGAUACUUUCCGGUACACGCCAGAGAAGGACGAAUGGCGAAAGUUCGUCUCUCCAACUUGUCCUGGACCACGAAGUGCGCAUGCUGUAUGUGCAACGCCCGCUGGAGGAGGCAAACUAUUCCUGUUUGGGGGCGAGUUUUCCUCGCUUCACCAAACAUCAUUCCACCACUAUGGCGAUUUCUGGGCAUUCGACGUGGGGACUCAUAGCUGGGAUCGGAUUGAGACCAAGAUUCGGCCAAGUCCUCGCUCGGGACACCGGAUGGCGAUGUGGAAGCACUACGUCGUUCUUUUCGGAGGAUUCUAUGAUCCAGGGAUUACCACGCGCUACCUGAACGAUCUCUGGGUUUUUGAUACCCAAGAAUACACUUGGAAGCAGGUGGAAUUCAAAGAGACGGAGCUGAGGCCAUCCCCUAGAAGCGGAUUCUCGUUUUUACCUUGUCCGGAGGGCAUCUUGUUGCACGCAAGUUCUCGGCUCAUGCUCUAUCUGGAAGGCGGCUAUUGCAAACAAUAUUCGAAAGGGAAGCGACCUGUGGGUGUCAUGUUGGAAGAUACGUGGCUAUUGAAGUUGUCCAUUCCCGAAGCAUCCGAAGCCGCUACUUCCUCGUCGAAGGCCCAAACGUCCAAGGCAACGCCGUCUGCCUCGAAGUCCAAUAAAGGGAACAAAGGCGCAUCGAAAGGCACCCCACUGAACCUGAAUGUGAAGUGGGAAAGGAGGAAAAGGCCCAGUGACGCGUUCGCGCCGAGCUUGCGGAGUGGGUGCACGAUGGCAUUGUGGAGUGCAAAAGGGAUGGGCGUGAUGUUCGGGGGAGUCACGGACGAGGAUAAGAACGAAGAGGUGUUGGAGAGUGUCUUUCACAACGAUCUAUUUGGAUACCAAAUAUCAGGGAAGGGUCGUUGGAUCAGUUUGAACCUGAAACAACCAAAGGCGAAGGGGAAGAAAAAGAAGAAAGACGCGAAGAAGAAUAGCAACAACCAAGACUCCGGGGAUGAAAACGACGAGGCGAGCUCCUUCGCUAUAUUCCUGCUAUUGAAAAUCCUGAUAAGCCUUCUCAGGGGCAUCAACCACCGGCACCACCGAACGGCGAUGCGUCGAAGCUACGGUGGUAUCCUCGAGAAGGGAAGCAAAGAGUACACCUUGGACGACUUCUACUCCCUCCAGCUCGAUAAAUUGGAUCGGUUUACAUGCCUCAAACCUUUGUCGUUCGAGAUUCCGGCUGGGGAGGGCGAGAGUAGCAGUGAGGACGACGACGACGACGACGAUGACGAGGACAGCGAGGACGAAGACUUGGACAACGGGGAGUUCGACGAUGAGUCUGAGCAUGGAGAAAAUGCGGUUGAUAACGACGACGACGAUGACGAGGCGGGAGAGGAGGCAGAGGUCGAUGACGGAAGCGAAGGAGACGACGAGCUCGAUGCAGACGAUAAACCUGUGAAAGAAAAGGUCGACCGCAAGCAGAAACGCAAAGACAAGAAAGACAAGAAGAAAGCCGCCCUGGAGGAAGCUGCUAGUGUUGCUAUCGAGGAGCUGAAGGAGGAAGUUUCGGAGCUCCGCCAGCAGGCCUCGUCGUUUAUGAACAGCGCGAAGGAUCCAGGGAGGAACGCGGAGGAGGCGCUGAGCACGCCGUUGCCUGGUGAGACGCUGGCGAUGUUCUAUGCGAGGUCUCGUGACUACUGGACGCAGAAAGCGAUGCAGCAAGACGAAGGCGACAACCAGGGCAAGGAAUUGCGCAGGGUUGGGUUUGCGUUGGCGGAAGAGCGAUAUGAAUCGUACAAACCGCUAUUGGAAGAAGUCGAAAAGAUCUUGGCUGAAGCGGGAUUGAACGAGGAGGAAAUGAGGAUGAGUGCCCAGGCUGGUGCUGCCCACAUGGCGGGACAGGGUCAGAGCCGGAAUCGACGAUAG